AUGAAGACGCCGCGCGUCUUGGCUGCUCUGGAAAAAGGAAAGAGGAGAAGCGCGGCCGCGGUUCAAGAAUCGACCGGGCUAGUCACUGUGGCUUCGUACAGGAGAAGACAUCACGUUGCGGAGGAGGUGCCGGGACUCUACAUUCGGCGCCUGACGCUUGAGGAUCCGAGGAGGAGGGAACCGUCCGGUUCAAGGUCGCAGUCCCCGGCGCGCCAUAUCUGUCAUCCUCGUAGCAGCGGCUACGCGCGCUCCUCGCGAGGAUCCUCGAGCUAUAGAUCGUGGCUGGAAAGGAUCCGGAAGGAGAGUCCGGCCUUCUUGACAAUAGUAUCCUUGGAGCUUCCGGAAUCGCCGAUUCCCUUGAUAGAGUCUCAAGCAAACGCGCGGUGCAGACGUAAUGUCUCUGAUGAAGUCGCAAACGACAAGGAUGACAUCUUAGACGAGUUUCUGGAGAAGGUCACGCAGGCCGGGAAGGAUAGGGAGAAGGAAAGUCGCGCAGGAAGGAACAAUGUAUUCCGGAGAAGUCGGCGGGAUAACAGGAAGGAGGGCGACUCUCUGGAAUGUACGAAAACUCUAGCCACCCUCGAGGAAUGCACGAGAAACAUUAUUGAAGGACCGAGCCGCGAGGGAUCGAGUCGACGGGGCGUCGGCGACGAUUGCAUAUGCUCCGAGAUACCGAGGGACCUCGGAAUCGACGAGACCACGAGUCCGGAAGUGACUCAUACGAUUCGAAUCGCGAUGAAGUGUCAUCGUGGCCGGUCGGCGCAGGAGGAGGACGACGACGAAGAGGACGACGACGAGGCGAACGAGCGGCCAACGGAAGAGGAAACGGGGGCGGGAGGGGAGGAGAGGGCGAGGAGUGACAAGAGGGAUCUUCAAGGUCCGUCGAACGCGAGGAAGGAGCCGGUGAAGCACGACGUUUCUCGCUGCACCGUCGCCGCAGGUGCGAACGCGGCGUUGGACUUGACGCUAAAUUGCAAUAGCGUGCGACUGACUUUUCGUGACACGAGCCUGAAGGCAGCGACGCGAGGCCGAGAGAACGUGCUUUCGGCUCUCGUAGAAACCCAGGAACCUAGGAACGCAGAUAAAUCUCCGGAACGACAAGCCGGAGCACCUACGGCGGGGUGUCUCGCUAUUGAGCCGAUCCUCCAGGGCCGUAUCUCCAUCGAUCUAUUCAAGUUCACGGGAGCAUGUCCGUGGCGCGGAUCACGUGAAGCGAGGAUCCGAAAGAGGGAACGACGGUGAAAGAGAAAGAGAGAAGGGAGAAGGCGAGGGAGAGGAGACGAAUGCACCGGCACCAGUAAGGACCAGGUGCAUCCCCGGGAGCCUGGGAAGCGCAAACUACGGCGAAUGAAAACGCCGGCAGAUGCUACCAAGCCGCGAGCGGGUCCUCCGCAUCGUCGUCCAUAUAUGAACAAGGCGCAUCCCGUCCACGUCGCCGACUUUGUUUGCUCACGAGUGCGUCGCGUCGCGUCGGCGCGCUCCAACUCCGGGGAUUCAGAUCCUUCUCCUCUCGAGUCACCGAAUCGGAGCCGGUCGCAAUCGGGAAUUCUCAAAUGGUUUUCCCAACAUUGGAAUUUUAUAGACGGUAAAAAAAAUGAAAUAUUAAUUUUUACAUUUUUCACGUGUCCCAGAA